AUGUCGAAAGAGGAGUUUGAUGAGAGACGCUGCUGGCUACAGCCUCAGCAAAGAGUGAAAGUUGCCGCCUUCUUUGGAGAGCUCGUGGGCACCGCCAUGUUGGUGUUCGUCGGCUGCAUGGGCUGCAUAACUACGCCCCUGUUUACCAACACCACACUCCAGAGCGGCCUGAACUUUGGACUGGCGUUAAUGAUCGCCAUACAGUGCUAUGGCAGCGUCUCUGGAGCACAUCUCAACCCUGCUAUCACGCUGGCCGCCCUCAUCUACGGUGUGCUGUCUCCUCUAAUGGCCGUUGCGUAUUUUGUGGCCCAAGUGGCUGGUGCUCUCAUUGGAUUUGGCUUGCUGGUGGCCGUGAUGCCGGGCAAUGCUAUUAAGGGACCUGAUCAACCCGCUGGCGUAUGCGUAACGGUCUUGAGUAGCGAUGUUAGCGUUUUGCAGGGCGUUUUUAUUGAGUUUCUCAUCACAUGCUGUCUUAUAAUGGUUGCAUGCUCGGUUUGGGACCCACGUAAUGCCAAAUUUAAGGACUCUCUACCAUUGCGAUUCGGAUUAACGUUGGGAAGCCUCAUAUUGGCAGCGGGUUCGUUCACCGGUGCCAGCAUGAAUCCCACACGAUCUCUCGGCCCGGCCGUGUGGAAUGAUUCCUGGGAGCAUCAUUGGAUCUAUUGGGUGGGUCCAUUGGCGGCCGGUGCUAUUACAUCGCUCAUCUAUAGAUACGCCUUCAAGGGUGAAGAAGUGCACGAGUUACGGAUGUCCAAAGCAAAAAUACGCAUCGUUGACAAUAUUAUAAUGUCGUAAAGACCAACAACGAACAAAACCAAAAUUUAUUUAUUU